AUGCAGUUCGAGGGCAGCAAUGCCGAAGCAAGGCGGAGAGUGUUGGAGUCCCAGAAUGCGGCACUCCACUCGGAGCUCGCGGCUUUACAGGAGAGCACUAUGCAACUGGACAUGGCGCGGAUACAGAGGGAGCAGCACUGGAAAUCAAUGAGCCGAGAGCUGACGUUGCUCCAACAUGGGAAGCUUGAAGCAAGUGAGUGGCAGGUAGAGGCGCGAGAACGAGAAGAAUCGUUACGCAAUGAAGUUACUUGCCUGAAGGACACCCAUGCAGUCUGUGAGGGCACUGUGGCUGAGAUCAGAGCCUGCCACCAGCAGACGCAGGUUGAGUCCAAAAACCUGCGUUUAGAAUGUGAAGAGCUCUCUGCGGCCUGGUUGUCAGCCACGGAGGAAGCGGAAGCGAUGCGAUCAAACAGCCAACAGAUGGAGUCCCAGAUCGAACAGCUGCAACAGCAGCGAGCGCGAGUUGUGUUUGACUUCGGCGAGCUUCGUGAGGAGCAAGAGGCAGCAGAUGAGCAGAGAGCCAAGCUGCAGCAGCAUGAGUGGCAAGUAGGAGAGGAGGAGGCAAAGCUCCAGCAAGAGGUUGCGAGAUCACGUGCCUGCGCUUCGCAUCAUGAGCGUCGGAACCAGGAAGAAAGUGAGGAGUUGUGUUAUUUGCACUCAGAGAGCCAGGCCCGCGAAGCAAAGUGGGAAUUGCAAGAAGCAACGUUGCACUCACAAGUUGUUGAUUUGCAAAAGGCAGAAGUCCGGCUGGAAGAUGAGAGAGUCAAGGGCGAAAGCCAUCUGCGCUCAGUGACCCUGGAGUUGGAAGUGCUGCAGCGGAGCACAUCGUUCGCCGAUGAGCAGCAGGCAGAGAUGUGCAAACAACAGCAGAGGUUGGAAGAGGCAAAUGUGCAGCUUCGCCAGAAGGUAGCAGACUUGGAAGAAACGCUGGCAAAGAGCAGCACUAAACACCAGCGAACGCAGGCAGAAUCUCGCAUGCUACUAUCGGAAUGCGAAGAUUUGAACACAAGGUGGUUGUGCGAAACAGAAGCCGUCGGUUCGAUGCAGCUGAGUGCAAAAAAGCUUGAGUCCCAAGUCGAGCAACUGCACCAGCACAGAGAAGAACUCCUGCAGAGUUCUUGUAUUGCUCAGCAAGACCAUGCGAAAGCCGAUGCUCAGCGAGCCGCGGUGACAUUGCAGGCCCGCCGUCUGGAGGUGCAAGCGGAGGCGCUCCAGCAAGAGCUUGAGGCGUCGUGCGAGACGACUUCCCGCCAUGAGAGGCGUUUGUGUGAGCAGCAAGACGAGUUGCGUCAAAUGCAGUUCGAGGGCAGCAAUGCCGAAGCAAGGCGGAGAGUGUUGGAGUCCCAGAAUGCGGCACUCCACUCGGAGCUCGCGGCUUUACAGGAGAGCACUAUGCAACUGGACAUGGCGCGGAUACAGAGGGAGCAGCACUGGAAAUCAAUGAGCCGAGAGCUGACGUUGCUCCAACAUGGGAAGCUUGAAGCAAGUGAGUGGCAGGUAGAGGCGCGAGAACGAGAAGAAUCGUUACGCAAUGAAGUUACUUGCCUGAAGGACACCCAUGCAGUCUGUGAGGGCACUGUGGCUGAGAUCAGAGCCUGCCACCAGCAGACGCAGGUUGAGUCCAAAAACCUGCGUUUAGAAUGUGAAAAGCUCUCUGCGGCCUGGUUGUCAGCCACGGAGGAAGCGGAAGCGAUGCGAUCAAACAGCCAACAGAUGGAGUCCCAGAUCGAACAGCUGCAACAGCAGCGAGCGCGAGUUGUGUUUGACUUCGGCGAGCUUCGUGAGGAGCAAGAGGCAGCAGAUGAGCAGAGAGCCAAGCUGCAGCAGCAUGAGUGGCAAGUAGGAGAGGAGGAGGCAAAGCUCCAGCAAGAGGUUGCGAGAUCACGUGCCUGCGCUUCGCAUCAUGAGCGUCGGAACCAGGAAGAAAGUGAGGAGUUGUGUUAUUUGCACUCAGAGAGCCAGGCCCGCGAAGCAAAGUGGGAAUUGCAAGAAGCAACGUUGCACUCACAAGUUGUUGAUUUGCAAAAGGCAGAAGUCCGGCUGGAAGAUGAGAGAGUCAAGGGCGAAAGCCAUCUGCGCUCAGUGACCCUGGAGUUGGAAGUGCUGCAGCGGAGCACAUCGUUCGCCGAUGAGCAGCAGGCAGAGAUGUGCAAACAACAGCAGAGGUUGGAAGAGGCAAAUGUGCAGCUUCGCCAGAAGGUAGCAGACUUGGAAGAAACGCUGGCAAAGAGCAGCACUAAACACCAGCGAACGCAGGCAGAAUCUCGCAUGCUACUAUCGGAAUGCGAAGAUUUGAACACAAGGUGGUUGUGCGAAACAGAAGCCGUCGGUUCGAUGCAGCUGAGUGCAAAAAAGCUUGAGUCCCAAGUCGAGCAACUGCACCAGCACAGAGAAGAACUCCUGCAGAGUUCUUGUAUUGCUCAGCAAGACCAUGCGAAAGCCGAUGCUCAGCGAGCCGCGGUGACAUUGCAGGCCCGCCGUCUGGAGGUGCAAGCGGAGGCGCUCCAGCAAGAGCUUGAGGCGUCGUGCGAGACGACUUCCCGCCAUGAGAGGCGUUUGUGUGAGCAGCAAGACGAGUUGCGUCAAAUGCAGUUCGAGGGCAGCAAUGCCGAAGCAAGGCGGAGAGUGUUGGAGUCCCAGAAUGCGGCACUCCACUCGGAGCUCGCGGCUUUACAGGAGAGCACUAUGCAACUGGACAUGGCGCGGAUACAGAGGGAGCAGCACUGGAAAUCAAUGAGCCGAGAGCUGACGUUGCUCCAACAUGGGAAGCUUGAAGCAAGUGAGUGGCAGGUAGAGGCGCGAGAACGAGAAGAAUCGUUACGCAAUGAAGUUACUUGCCUGAAGGACACCCAUGCAGUCUGUGAGGGCACUGUGGCUGAGAUCAGAGCCUGCCACCAGCAGACGCAGGUUGAGUCCAAAAACCUGCGUUUAGAAUGUGAAGAGCUCUCUGCGGCCUGGUUGUCAGCCACGGAGGAAGCGGAAGCGAUGCGAUCAUACAGCGAACAGAUGGAGUCCCACAAAGCGCAACAAGAGGAAGCGAGCGCACAAUUCCUUCAUGAAUGUGGUUGCUUAGAACUGACCCGUAUGGCAUGCGAGGACGCAGCUGCUCAGUUCAAAUGCGAGCAGCAGCUGAUGCAAGCAGAAGCGGACCAAUUGAUCAGAGAAUGUGAAGAGCUCAACGCCAACUGGCAGUCAUCCAUGGCAGAAGUGCAGAUUGGAAAUGAGGAGCUUCAGUGUACUUCAAACGCUCUAGAGCAAGAGCAGGCACGUUUCCAGCAUUUGGAGGCGCAGAAGUCAACACUCCAUCAACAGCUUCUGGCCUCACGUGCAUCAGCAUCUAGUCAUGAGCGGAGUGUGUUAGAGCUGAAGACGGAGUUAUACCAGAUGGAGAGUGAGUGCCAAAUGUGGCAAGAUGAAUUCCAGUCACAAAAUUCCAUGCUGAAGUUGCAAUCAGAGGCAUUGCAAGAGACCAGCUCUAGGUUGGAACUUCAACUUGGCAAAGAUGCCGAAUGGAUUAUACAACAGAAUGAGCUGGAGCGAUGUCGUCAUGAGGUGAACAGCUUGAAGGCGGAACAUGCCAAAGCGCGUGAAGAAGCUGAAGCUGCGCGGAUGCAAGAGGAACAGAUCACCGACCAGCGCCAAACCGCGAGAAUGAACGGGAAUGGCUCCGAAAUUGUUCAGCAGAAGAGCCCAUGUGCCGCUGGCAGUGCUGCGCAAUCAAGUGUGUUGGAUGAUGUCCGUGCUGAUGCGUGUCUGAAGAGCGAGCUAGCAGAGUCACAGUUUCAGCGAACAUUCUUGCAGAAGCAGGAACUGGAAUCAGAGCACACCAAGUGCCGUGCAAAGCUGACUGGCUUGGAAUCACAUGAGCACGAGAUAUGGUGUGCUUUUCUGGAGCUGCAGUUAAAGCAUGAGGAUUUGGCAGCAGCGUAUGCUCAGUUCCAACAUCCUGAACUGCAGCUGCCAAGAAAGCUAGAGGUGGCAAUGGAGCCAUCAAGGCAAAAUGAUUUGGCACGCCAUGUUCAAAAUGUGUCGUCGCUGGAGAGGACAGUGUACUCAUUGGAGCGUGUGCAAUUGGAAGAGCAAGUGCGUGAGCUACGCCAAUCCAUCGCCCUCCUCGAGAGCUCAGAUCAGUUUGAUGGUUUCAUUUUCAUGCUGGUGAAAUGCUUCAAGUCCUUUUCCGUUACAGGAGAAAAGGACUUCGCUUUCGGAUUUUCCACGGUUUAA